AUGAAUUUUUUUGCACUUUCACUAGCGACUCUUUCUUCGGCGCAAACCGACUGCAACAAAGUUCGCAGCUACUUGUACCCAGAUGCAGCCGUAUGUACCGACGAGAUGAAAUGCUCAGGGGAGUACGCUUGCGUUGUUUCGGACUCAUGUGCUGCCUACGGUUGUGUAACUGCUAGUGGUUGUCCAGCUGAAACGAACUAUGCUGUCUUUACCCAACAAGGAAGUAAGGAAAAUGGCUCUGGACACGAGACUUACGGCCUUAAUGGGUAUUUCUGCGACCCGUUAGGUCAUGGACUAACUUGCGCGUUCGAUGGUGAAGGCAAUUUCUACGUUGAUGCUAUCGUCGAUAACAGACGGCCCUGGGUUGAUGGACCUGACGACGACGAUGAAAAACGAAAAAUGACUCUCAUUUCCAAAACCAAGCACGAUCAGCACGUGCCUGAAACUGCCUUCAAGCAAUUCAGCAACAGUACAUGCGUCGGCGAAGUGAUCGCAAAUGGCAAUAAGGUCCGUUUCAAUAAAAAUGUCAACGACCCAAAUUGCAAGGAUGAGUUCGACUUCAGUCACAUCAUCAGUGACAUAAAUGGCUUGACCUAUAUCGUCGACUUCUACAUCGGAUUCGAUGAUUACUGGUUUAUUAACGAAUUCGGCGAUGAGCGCAUCCUACGGGGCGGCGUUUCUAACCAAUUCCAAUGCCGACUGAAAGCAUCAGAUCACGGCUGGGUCGAUCCUAAUCCACAAUCUAACAGAAACUACAAUUACGUGGAGUAUGAAGGCCAGAUCCCGUUCAUUUUCACCGCUUACAACGAUCCACAAUUUUCGGACGAGUACGAUGGAAGUGUUAUCGAACUCGAUGACGAGUUUGAAAACAACGGUCUCUACAUCGAAGCUAAGCACGAGGCCAGCGAUGGACUCCAGUCUCAUAUCAUGCAUCUCAGAGAAUGCACAAGUCACAACUACCGAAAAAUCAGCGAGAACAAUGAUGGGAGUCCUAUCUACGAAGACAACCCGUCGGGAACUUUCGCAUUUAUAAAUGACGGCUGCAUUGACAACGAAAUCUUCACGUACUCGCAAAAAUCUAGCAGGACCGAAUGGACAUCAAAUGUCAAAACAUACGUGAAGGAUCAGUUCAACCUGAAAGUCAAUGCAGCUAGCGGUGCUAACGGCGCAAUGAUCAAAUACUCAUGCGAGAUGGUCCUGUGCCCUCUUGAUGUGUUCGGAAAGUCGGUUGUUGGCUCACCUUGCCACCUGUCCGACAAAUGCCCCAACCGAUACGACAAUCUUUUCUCGACUCGAGCUGGUAGAAGUUCUCCCGCUAAGAACAGCAAUUUUCUUAUUAAAACAAUUCACCAAGAGGGAGCUUUCUUCAUCAACGGAGACGGAGCCGGAAGUGGCGUCGAUUCCGGAAAUGGUGCGCAGUCUGGAAACGAUGCAUUUGCCUUCGGACUUGCUAUUGCUAGCCUUCUGUUCUUUGCUCUUUGA